AUGUCGGAAACUACUCCCACAGUGAUCAUGGAGAGUGGUUUGAAGCAAAACGGCUCAUCUCGCAACAGUAGGAGAAGAAGAAGACCUAAUAGCAAGAAGAAAAAUGAAGAGACAAGAACGAACCCAGAAAGCAUGGAAUUACCAGUAGGUAACCCUAAACCAAACCCUCGUAAGAAGCGUGGUAAUGCAAGGGCCAAGUCCAGCGAACCUGCACUCGACAAUACAUUAUCUGGUGAAACCACGACAAAUAGUUCAAAUAAAUUAAGACCUAAACAAAAGUCUAAACCUAAGGCUAAAUCGAAGUCCAAAUCCAAAUUCAAGCAAAAGGAAAGGGAUCCUAUCAAGUUGAUAAUAAGACAAUUACCACCAAAUUUGACUGAAGAAGGGUUCUUGAGCACAAUAAAGGAAAAACUGGGACCAAAGUUUUUCAUUUUAUUUUCCAUCGAAUCCUGGUAUUUUGUUCCAGGACAUUAUUCAUCACGUCCGUUUAAAAGACCUGUAAAUUCGAGAGCAUAUUUUCAUUUCCCACAAGAAAAACUUGCACAAUUGAACUCAUUUGUCCAAAAGUUGAUUGGGAUUAAUUUUGUAGACAAUAAAUAUAAUGUGAUCGUUUUACAACCUUCCAUGUUAAGACGUAGUGUUUAUGUGAAGAAAUAUCUUUCAGAUGAUAAGAAGGACACUGAUGAUAAGCUAUGUGGCACUUUGAACGAAGAUCCGUUAUUUAACAUGUUUUGUGAAAGAUUGGAACAGUCUGCUGACGAUAAGAAUAUUUACGACGAUUUUAGUUUUUUGAAGUCCAAAAACAAAGAAUUGAGUAAGAAGAAACGUUCUGACGCAGCCACACAAAUGAGAAUGGAAGAUGCGUUGGUGAGGUUAGCAGGUAGUGUUAAAAAAGAGAAGGCACCUAAAAAGAAGAAAUCUUCUGAAAAGAUCGAGGGAACUGCCGUGGAAACAGAGAAGAAAGCAAAGAAGAAAAAGAAGAGAUCAAGAAGGAAGAAGGAUGCUUCUUCUGUUCCAACUACAGUGAAUGGUACAGGAAAUCUUACAUUUGCCACACCGAAAGAUGUUGGCAUCUCAAAGAAUAAUAAUGUUGUCAUUUUAGAUGCUGGACUGAAACAAGAAUUGGAUAGAAAGGAGCGGUUGAAAAAGAAAAGCGAAAAGAAGAAGAAACAACUGCCCCAAUUACCAAGUGUCAAUGAUAGCAAGAGAACAAAACCGCCUGCCGAUGCCUUAGAACCAAGCAAACAAAAGCAACCGAAGCCCAUCCGCAUUUUGAAACAAGAUACCUGA